GAAAAGAUGACCAUCCGUUGAAUUGUCGAAAUAUUCAUUUUUGGGUAUCGUUGCAGGUUGUCUUUUGUUUACCAAAAUAUGUCUAUUCAUGGCAAGAAUUUUCUUAUGGUUCCUGGUCCAACCAAUGUGCCAGAUAGAGUACUUAGAGCCAUGCAUAGGAAUAGCGAAGACCAUCGCUCUCCAGACUUUCCAGCUUUGGCCAAAACUGUAUUAGAAAAUAUAAAAUGGGUAUUCGGUACUACAAAGGGUCGUUCGUUUAUAUUUCCAGCUAGUGGGACAGGUGCUUGGGAAGCAGCGUUAACCAAUACUCUUAAUAAGGGAGACAAAGUUAUUUCUGUUCGUUUUGGUCAAUUUUCCCAUUUGUGGAUAGAUAUGAUGCAGCGUUUGGGAUUGGAAGUUACCAUAUUGGAUGUGGAUUGGGGAGAAGGAAUUCCUAUCGAUAUUCUAUCUAGUUAUAUUGCACAAGAUACUCGACAUGAAUAUCAAGCAGUAUGUGUUGUACAUAAUGAGACCACUACAGGAGUGACUACAGAUAUUGCUGCCGUUCGAAAUAUUCUCGAUCGAUAUCAUCAUCCUGCUCUACUUAUGGUAGAUGGCGUAUCUUCUAUUGCUUCCAUUCCCUUCAAAAUGGAUGAAUGGAAAGUUGAUUUGGCUAUUACUGGUUCUCAAAAAGGUUUGAUGCUGCCAGCUGGUUUAGGAAUGGUUUGUGCAUCAGAAAAGGCUUUGGAAAGAUCCAAAAAGAACAACCUUCAUCGCGUAUUUUUCUCUUUUGAAGACAUGAUUGUCAACAAUGAUGUUGGAUAUUUUCCUUAUACUCCUUCCAUCCCGCUAUUAUAUGGUCUGAAGGAAUCUUUAGCAAUGCUAAUGGAAGAAGGCUUGGAAAGUGUUUAUGUUAGACAUCGAAGAUUGGCACAUGGCGUUCGAAGAGCAGUGGAGGCUUGGGGUUUGAAGACUUGUUGCAAGAAUCCCAAGGAAUAUUCAGAUACAGUGACUGCAGUUGUGGUUCCUGAAGGAUUCGAUGCCCAACAGGUGAUUCGUAUCGCUUAUGAAAAAUACAAUUUAUCUCUUGGAGCAGGAUUGAUGAAGGUUCGUGGUCGUGUGUUUCGUAUUGGUCAUUUGGGUGAUUUGAAUGAGUUGAUGGUAUUAGCCACUUUAGCUGGUACUGAAAUGGCCAUGUUAGAAGUGGGCAUUCCUAUCAAGUUAGGCUCAGGUGUCGCAGCAGCAUCCGAAUAUUAUAUGAAAACUUCAAAACAAGUUCGUGGACUUUUUAAUAAUGUUUGAUAAACAAGAGGGUUUAUAUACAAAAGUUGGGUUUGGCUUAUUGUCU